AUGUCUCGAAAAAGGAAUCUUCUGAGGAUGAAUGAAGAUUGCCAGAGCACUAUCACUACAAAAAAUGUGAUCACAUGUGCCCAAAUAAUUACAGAACAGAAGAAAAAUCUAGUGUCAGCUGCAUUGGAACAUAGUAGUAUAAUAUCUGCAGGCCUAGAUGAAGGUCAAAUCCCAGUUGGUGUUUUUUGUGAUUUAUCUAAAGCUUUUGAUCUUGUCAGCCACCUCAUAUUAAUAAUGAAGCUACACCACUAUGGAAUUACAAGAAGUGCUCUUGAUAUCAUUAAGUCAUUUCUGCGGAGCAGAAUACAAGCAGUGGAAGUGUCACACAAUCAAGGGAAACCGCUAUCAGGACUACAAGAUAUAAAACAUGGGGUGCCGUGCCACAAGGUACUUUACUAG